AGUACGAAGCAAAGUGAAGAAGUGAAUUCGGUGGAAACACCCAACAGAAACAUUUUCUUGUGGUAUUAAGAAAAGGAAGAUUCGAAGACAAAAUGCCAGCUAUUGGAAUUGAUCUCGGAACUACGUAUUCUUGUGUCGGUGUUUGGCAACAUGGAAACGUGGAUAUCAUCGCUAACGACCAGGGCAACAGAACGACACCGUCGUACGUUGCGUUUACGGAUACGGAGCGUUUAAUCGGCGAUGCUGCGAAGAACCAAGUGGCUUUAAACCCUAACAACACAGUUUUCGACGCCAAACGACUCAUCGGAAGGAAGUUUGACGAUCCUAAAAUUCAGCAGGACAUGCAGCACUGGCCUUUCAAGGUCAUCAACGACUGUGGCAAGCCAAAAAUACAAGUUGAAUUCAAAGGCGAAACGAAACGUUUCGCUCCAGAAGAAAUUAGUAGCAUGGUGCUAACAAAGAUGAAGGAGACAGCCGAAGCUUAUCUGGGAACUCAAGUACGAGACGCCGUUGUCACCGUUCCGGCUUACUUCAACGAUUCCCAACGUCAAGCCACGAAAGAUGCUGGAGCAAUAGCAGGCUUAAAUGUCCUACGCAUCAUAAACGAGCCCACUGCAGCAGCAUUGGCCUACGGACUGGAUAAAAACCUCAAGGGGGAACGAAAUGUACUGAUCUUCGAUUUAGGAGGAGGUACUUUUGACGUAUCAAUUCUGACAAUCGACGAGGGCUCCCUAUUCGAAGUCAAAUCUACCGCUGGGGAUACGCAUUUGGGAGGGGAGGACUUUGACAAUCGACUAGUCAACCAUUUGGCUGAUGAAUUCAAGCGCAAAUACAAGAAGGACAUCAAAGGCAACUCAAGGGCGCUACGGCGGUUGAGGACUGCCGCCGAAAGAGCCAAGCGCACUCUAUCUUCGAGCACCGAAGCUACUAUUGAAAUUGAUGCACUACACGAAGGCAUCGACUACUAUACCAGAGUAUCACGGGCUAGAUUCGAGGAGUUAAACUCUGAUUUAUUCCGUGGAACUCUAGAGCCAGUCGAGAAAGCAUUAAAGGAUGCCAAAUUGGAUAAAUCCUCGAUCCACGAUGUAGUCCUUGUAGGUGGAUCGACACGUAUACCGAAAAUCCAGAGUAUGCUGCAAAACUUCUUUUGCGGAAAGAAAUUAAACCUUUCCAUAAACCCCGAUGAGGCUGUGGCGUAUGGCGCUGCGGUGCAAGCUGCUAUACUAAGCGGAGAACAGCACAGCAAGAUUCAAGACGUUCUACUAGUAGACGUGACUCCCUUAUCACUUGGCAUAGAAACUGCUGGAGGUAUUAUGACGAAAAUCAUCGAGCGUAACGCAAAAAUCCCAUGCAAGCAAAGUCAAACCUUCACAACCUAUUCAGACAAUCAGCCAGCCGUAACCAUCCAAGUUUACGAAGGAGAACGUGCGUUGACCAAAGACAAUAACUCACUGGGGAAGUUCGACUUAACUGGUAUCCCACCAGCUCCACGAGGAAUACCGAAAAUCGACGUGACAUUUGACCUGGAUGCCAACGGAAUACUCAAUGUUUCCGCUAAAGAGAACAGCACUGGACGCAGCAAGAACAUCGUGAUUAAGAAUGAUAAGGGUAGGCUAUCCCAAGCAGAAAUAGAUCGUAUGCUAGCUGAAGCUGAACGGUAUAAAGAAGAAGACGGCCGCCAAAGGGAGCGUGUGACUGCUCGGAAUCAUCUGGAAACUUACAUCUUCGGUGUCAAGCAAGCUUUAGAUGAUGCUGGCGAUAAACUGAGCGAGUCUGACAAAGAACAGGCUAGAAGAGAAUGUGACGAUGCCCUCAAAUGGUUAGAUAGUAAUACUCUCGCUGAAAAAGAAGAGUAUGAACAUAAGUUGAAGGACUUGCAGCGCGUAUGCUCGCCGGUGAUGAGCAAAAUGCAUGGGGCCGCUAACGGCGCUGGUGGGUACCCUGGUUCUCAACAGGGUCAACCAGGAUUCCAAGGUCACCAACAAGGAUCUAACGGCUAUCCAGGUUACCAGCAGCAGCAACAGUAUUCAGGCCCGACUGUGGAAGAAGUCGACUAAACUAAUUGGUCCGAGUCGUAUAUGACAUUGCGCAUUUAUGGAGUGUUAUACAAAGUUUAAGUUUUGACUGACUAGUUCCUAAUUUACAUAUAAGUUUAUACCAAUGUUUACAGUAGCAGUAGCGUAGCGUUUAAUAUUGUUUUAUUUUUAAUCACCAGGUGUUCAUUAUUGCAUUUAAAUUUAAUAGUC